GUUAGUUAUAAACUCGUUCUAUUUUCUUCUCCUUUUUCUAUCUUUAGCAAUGAACAUAUCAGUAAACGGACAGUCACAAGUACCUCCUGGCUUUAGGUUUCACCCAACCGAGGAAGAGCUCUUGAAGUAUUACCUCCGCAAGAAAAUCUCUAACAUCAAGAUCGAUCUCGAUGUUAUUCCUGACAUUGAUCUCAACAAGCUCGAGCCUUGGGAUAUUCAAGAGAUGUGUAAGAUUGGAACGACGCCGCAAAACGAUUGGUACUUUUAUAGCCAUAAGGACAAGAAGUAUCCCACCGGGACUAGAACCAACAGAGCCACCACGGUCGGAUUUUGGAAAGCGACGGGACGUGACAAGACCAUAUAUACCAAUGGUGAUAGAAUCGGGAUGCGAAAGACGCUUGUCUUCUACAAAGGUCGAGCCCCUCAUGGUCAGAAAUCCGAUUGGAUCAUGCACGAAUAUAGACUCGACGAGAGUGUAUUAAUCUCCUCGUGUGGCGAUCAUGACGUCAACGUAGAAACGUGUGAUGUCAUAGGAAGUGACGAAGGAUGGGUGGUGUGUCGUGUUUUCAAGAAAAAUAACCUUUGCAAAAACAUGAUUAGUAGUAGCCCGGCGAGUUCGGUGAAAACGCCGUCGUUCAAUGAGGAGACUAUCGAGCAACUUCUCGAAGUUAUGGGGCAAUCUUGUAAAGGAGAGAUAGUUUUAGACCCUUUCUUAAAACUCCCUAACCUCGAAUGCCAUAACAACACCACCAUCACGAGUUAUCAGUGGUUAAUCGACGACCAAGUCAACAACUGCCACGUCAGCAAAGUUAUGGAUCCCAGCUUCAUCACUAGCUGGGCCGCUUUGGAUCGGCUCGUUGCCUCACAGUUAAAUGGGCCCAACUCGUAUUCAAUACCAGCCGUUAAUGAGACUUCACAAUCACCGUAUCAUGGACUGAACCGGUCCGGUUGUAAUACCGGUUUAACACCAGAUUACUAUAUACCGGAGAUUGAUUUAUGGAACGAGGCAGAUUUCGCGAGAACGACAUGCCACUUGUUGAACGGUAGUGGAUAACGGAAAUGGAAGAGAGGAAGUGACUAAGUGAGUGACAUACCAAAACAUUGUGUAGAAAGAUAUAAUAAUCAUCAUACCAUAUAUAUAGUUGUUGAAACUUUUACGGUAUAAAUGGUCAGAUUGUGAUAAUUACAGUACGUAGUUAUGUGAUAUCAUUACAGAAAAUAAAAGUUCUCUAUAUCUGUGU